CUGUUUAUUUGAGAGGAGGCGCUAAUUCAAGGAUUUUCGGUAAUGGUAUAAUUGAUGAUUGAUGGUUAAAAUUAUGCAAUUCACUCAUUUGCGACAUGCCUCUGGGAAUAUUUAAGAACUAGAGAAUAUGCGUGAACAGAGGUUUAAAGAACCUUCCAAAAAUAACAGCUGAAGAAUAUUGACAGCGGCAGUCUCUGCACAAUUAUUUUAAUUUGCAUGUGUAGGUACUACAAAAAUAAAUACAUCCUAUUAAUAUUUUACAAAAUAAAGUGGCCACCCUUGGGGAAACAGGAGGUGGCCGCGUAAUAGGGAUUGGUGGACUUUGAAUAUUUUUUACCAUUGAGUUAACUGCUUAGUGAAUAUGGAAUCACAUCAAGACAAUCAUGAUAAAUGUGUGUUUGAAUGUUUUUAUCAAUCAUCCCUUAAUUGGACUCUUAUCUGUUAUUACCUUUUCCAAAAAAAGACAAACUAUGUGUAUUAAAUUUUGAGUGGGUGUGUAAGAGGGGUAAAGGCAAUAGGAAAACCCUCAUCGGAAUGAUCAAAAGGUGGCUGUGGCCACUCAACAAAGGUAGCCAGUUAGUAGGGGGUUUUAUUUACAGCAUUUUACUGACAAUGAUUUCGGGACUUUGGUAACUGGCCUCUUAAUAAGGGGUGGCUGUGUAAUAGAGGUUUGACUGUAAUAUAGCUCUGAUCAGUGUUCUGUAUGAAGCUAAUGACUAAUGCACUGUACAUUGUACAUUUGUAUUUGUCUCAGCAAUGGAUGAAUGUUACCAAUAUACGGCUGGAUUUUAUGUCACUUCACCUGAUGUUUGAUCUAUAUGCUGAGAGAUGGCAUCACUAUGCAGUUAGAGAAGUCGAGGUAGAUGCUUACUGCCUGUGCAAUGGACAGGGAAAUGGGUCUGAGUGUUUUUACAAUGCCACACUGGGUGACAAUCAGUGUAAAUGCCAGCAGGGAGCUUGUGGUAUAGAUUGCGGCAUGUGCUGUCCCGCUUAUAAUCAGUAUCCAUGGAAACCAGGAAACAAGGGUCCUCUGUUUGCUGACAAGGAUGCAGUAUGUCAACUUUGUAACUGUCAUGGCCACAGUUCAGUGUGUGUUUAUAAUGAAACAGUUGCACGGAUGAAUAUGAGUUUAGACAUCCAUGGAAACUUUUCUGGUGGAGGAGUCUGUCAAAACUGCGAGGACAACACUGAAGGGAUAAAUUGUGAAAAGUGUUCGCCUUUUUUCUAUCGACCAAGAAAUACAUCGCAAUCAAUUAAAGAUGCUUGUAAAGUUUGUAACUGCAGCGUCGCAGGGACUAAAAAUGCAACUCUUCCAGGAGUAUUAUAUCUUGAUUGUUUAAGAGAUGAGAAUACGGCUCCUCCACGUCCCGGAAUGGAACCUGGCGACUGUAUCUGUAAAAAUAACACAAUGGGAAGAAGGUGUGACCUUUGUAAACCUGGAUAUCACAAUUUAUCAGCUGAUAACCCAGCUGGUUGCCAAGAAUGCACUUGUUUCACAGCUGGUACAGUGAAUAGUUCUAAUGUAUGUGAGCCAAAUGAAGAAGGUCUUUGUACAUGUAAGAAGAAUGUUGAAGGACUGCGUUGCAUGUCAUGUAAAGAUACCUACUAUGACCUGCGAGAAGAUAACAUUGAUGGCUGUACAGGUGACCUCUUAGUGCAAGAUAAUAAAAUAAUUCUAUCGUCACCAAAGAUGUAUUUAAACCACAGCAUAUACACAAUGUACAUUAUAUAGCAAGUCAACAAACCAACAAUUCAAACAUUCUGAUAGUAGAAGCCUGGGUCUUAGUUUUCAAGACAGACCAUUUCAAAUUUACCUUUAGUUAUUGGUAAGCUAUGUUUAUCCAGGGUGGAGGUGCGGUGGCCUGACAUUAAGUACACUUGACUCCGGAUCUAGUGGCCCGGUUUCUGCUCUGGCUGGGGACAUUGUGUUCUGUUCUUGGGCAAGACACUUAACUCUCACAGUGCCUCUCUC